AUGGAGGUAGGAGAAUGCAAUGUAAUCAUUCAGAGGCCGGUACUGGAUGAGCAGAGACUGGAGAGUCUAUCAGAGAGGCAGGGCCACAAUCAAAAUCAACCUUCAGUUGCUGAACGUCUCAAACGCUGCACCAGAUGUACUGUGCCAAGGCUGAAGAAGCUACUGUAUUGUUGCUUUCCUAUCCUCCACUGGAUACCGCAAUACUCCAUCAAAGAAUAUGCAGUGCCUGAUGUCAUAGCAGGCAUUAGUGUUGGAAUUAUGCACCUGCCCCAGGGAAUGGCCUAUGCUUUGCUGGCUGCUGUCCCUCCAGUAUAUGGUCUGUACACAUCCCUGUUCCCUGCAUUGGUAUAUUUCUUCUUCGGCACCUCCAGACAUAUCUCUAUUGGCACGUUAACUGUCCUCAGUCUCAUGGUGGGCACCGUGACAGAGAAUUUGGCUCCAGAUGAGAACUUCCUCAUUAACGGCACCAACUCAACAGCUGAGAUUGAUGUCGUGGCCAGAGACCUGCGCAGAGUGCAGGUUGCAGCGGCCACCACAGUCCUGGCAGGAUUUAUUCAGGUGUUUUUGGGACUGGUGCAGUUUGGCUUUGUAGCCACAUACUUGUCGGAGCCAUUGGUACGGGCCUACACCACUGGAGCUGCAUUCCAUUCAGUGGUGUCACAGCUGAAGUACCUGUUUGGAGUUUCACCUACUCGCCACAGUGGUCCCCUUGCUAUUGUCUAUACCCUGAUUGGUGUUUGCUCACUGCUGCCUAAGACUCACCUCCCAACCCUUGGGGUCAGUAUCAUAUCCAUAGUGAUUCUGGUUGCUGCCAAGGAAUUCAAUGCAGCCUUCAGGCACAAGAUGCCUGUGCCUAUCCCUGUGGAGCUCCUCUUUAUUGUGAUAGCGACCCUGACUUCAACCUAUGGAGGCCUAAGUGAUUACAAAAUCCUUGUUGUGGGGGAAAUUCCUUCCGGACUGCGCCCACCUACUGUGCCUGACAUCAGCCUUUUUGGAGAAGUCUUUGGGGAUGCUUUUGCCAUAGCUAUUGUGGCUUAUGCCAUCUCUAUCUCGCUAGGGAAAACAUUUGCGCUUAAAAAUGGAUACAGAGUGGACAGUAAUCAGGAACUUGUGGCACUGGGCCUCAGUAACACUGUGGGAGGCUUCUUCCAGUGCUUCGCUGUCUGCCCCUCCAUGUCCAGAAGUCUAGUCCAGGAGAGUACUGGUGGCAAAACCCAGUUGGCAUCAAUCUAUUCUGCUGUGAUAGUGCUGGUAACAGUACUAAAACUUGGAUAUUUGUUUGAGGAACUGCCUAAGGCUGCUCUUGCUGCCAUCGCCAUUGUAAAUCUUAAAGGAAUGUUCAAGCAGCUAUAUGACAUUGUGACUCUGUGGAGAAGCAGCAAGGUUGACCUGCUCAUAUGGCUGGUCACAUUGGUGUCCACACUGCUCUUAAAUUUGGACAUGGGUCUUGGGGCAUCCAUUGCCUUUGCCAUGCUGACAGUUACCUUCAGGACCCAGAGACCAAGGUACUCUCUGCUGGGUCAUGUUCCUGGAACCGAACUGUAUAUGGACAAGGAGACACACAAAGGGGUAAAAGAGGUUCCCGGUAUCAUAAUUUUCCGCUCUUCAGCUACAGUGUACUUUGCCAAUACUGAAUUUUAUUUGGCGGCCCUGAAGAAAAAGAGUGGACUAGACAUCAGUGAAAUAAUUGCCUACAAGAAGAGAAAAGAGGCCAAGCAAAAGCGUAAAGAUGAGGAAGCUGCAAAAAAGGCCAAGAAGGAGGCCAAGAAGGAGGCUAAGAAGGAGGCCAAAAGACUGGCAAAAUCUAUUAAGGAAGCAUCUCAGGAUACUGAAGAAGUAGAAGAACACUGGAAGGAAAAUGGAGUGGAGAUAAAAGAAGCAGUGGAGGAUGGACAAUUACCAGAGAAGAGCUCAGUCAUACCCUACUUUUCUCCUGACUUCCCUAGUUUGGACACAGCUCAGAACAACUGGGUCAAUUCGACCGUCAUGGACCCGGACACUAACACUGAGGGGUCGACAGAGAAGGAAGAGACAAAGGACAAGGACACUGAUGCUGUACAGGAAACUGAUGUGGAAACUUCCAGUCCGGCCCCGGAAAAGGCAUCUCGGGGCUCACUGGGCAAGUGGACCUGGGACAUCCACACCAUCAUACUGGACCUUUCCACAGCCAACUUCAUUGACACAGUGGCUAUCAAACUGUUGAGAAAUAUUAUCCGAGAUUAUAGUGAGAUUGACGUGGAUGUUUUCUUGGCUGGAUGCCAAGUCUCUAUAGUAGAAGACAUGGAACGUGGCGGAUUCUUCUCAGAUCCCGUCACUAAAGAGUGCCUGUUUCCCACAGUCCAUGAUGCCGUGGUGAACAGUCAGUUUUACAGAGAUAAUGCCUUAACCCCUAAUAAGGAUGUUAUACAGGACAUAAUUAGUACCAGGUUUUAA